AAAGCUACGCUCGUCUUCACCCUUUGUUUCUCUGUAUAACUCCUUCAUCAAAGCAACUCAACACGUCUUUGCACUAUUACAUCGUCAAAGCAUACAAGCUUCUUUCGUUCGAAAAGUCCAUCAAGCCUCAAGACACAAUGCGUUUCUCAAUCACCUCUCUCGGUCUCUUUCUUGCAGUCAUUGGGUCUGCCACUGCUAUGCCAGCUACCGAGCAGGUUGCCCGUCGUAACACUGAAUGCGGCCAGGACUUCAAUGGUGCGGACACAUGCGUCGCAAACUGCGCCGAUGGAUCCUGUCACGUUAUCGCCUUGGGUCCGCUCCACCAAUGUAAAUGCUAAGCGAAAUGGAUUGAUUUGUUCCACAGCUUCCAGUACGGAAGUACUAUGGAGGGUUAGGGUUGGAUCAAGACGACCAGGAGGGGAAGGGGAGCUAGCGGGAGUAACGACGGUCAGUGGUGAUCACCAGAGCAGUUCGCUGAGCAAGGUGAUUAAGGGUGUGAGCAGGGCGAGCGUCGCUCACCCUGAUCACCUGACAUUGGGUGUUUAUACGAGCUUGACUAGCAUGUAGAUAGAAGCCACGUGCUCGACUCAGAAUACAACAACCACAUUCGUUUUACAGUCU